AAAAGAAAGAGGGGGAAGAGUGGACUGUGGAAAAGAGGAGGGGUGCAGAAGGUAGCAGAGCAGUAGUUGUUUUAACAUUUCUGGGUUUGGGAAUUGUAGAAAGACAGUAGAGAAAAGCCUGCAAGAGAAUCAAACAACCAAACAUGGCAAUGCUUAGGAUGCGACGACCCUCAUAGAUUCACCCUUCUUUUUUCUGUCUCGCUCUUGCUCUCUCUCUCUCUCUCUCGCUCUCUCUCUCUCUCUCUCUCUCUCUAAAAACUUGCUUAAAUAUUCGAUCCCUUUACUUUUUCAACCUCCACAACAACCACCCCCACUUAAGAGCUGAGAUGACAGUUGCAACAUGGGAACUUAGUUAAUAUGAAAAAGGGUUCCAGAGAGAAAAACAGCUAGAGAGAGAGAGCCCAGAAAAUAUCAGAUAAAGUUGCUGUGUUCUUCUGUCAUUGGUGGAUUUUCUUUGAGCUUUCAUCUUGCUGUUCAUGGAGUUGAAGGCACUUCACAGACUAAUAAGGUUCACCGCCAUCAGCUUUUUCUCAAUUUAUGCACUUUUCACCACCAUCAGCUCCACUACCAGUACAUGCCCAGAUAUUACGUGUACCUUCACGGCUAAACUCGAUUCAUAUUUUCAGGAAUUUGGGAAGCACGGUGACAAAAUGAGGGAGCAGAGGAUGAUGCCUUUGAGCUUGGCUAGGAGGUACCUGAGUGGACCUGGAUCGUCGCCGCCUCGGUGCACAUCCAAGUGCGGCAGGUGCACGCCGUGCAAGCCAGUUCACGUGUCUGUGCCACCCGGGACGCCCGUGAUGGCGGAGUACUACCCGGAGGCUUGGAGGUGUAAAUGUGGCAACAAAUUGUACAUGCCAUGAAAAUAAAUGAAUAUGAUCAUCAUAUGCUUUGUGAUAUUUAUUGUGUUUGUGUUGGUGUUACAAAGUCUCUCUAGCUAGCUACUUUUCUAGCUGAUCAUAUGCUUAUUUAGUAAAAAGAAAGGAUAUUUAUAGGGCUUAAAUUUGUGUAGGAAGAUAUUUAUACAUUAACCCUUAUGAAAUAUAUGUUACGAUAUGUAUGGAGAAUUCAUACAACCGAUUCCGUUUGGUGAAAUAACGUUUGGUUGCUGCUGUA